AUGCUACUCGAGCAAGCGGCGUGGAGUCAGCUCGUGGAGUGUCUGCUCCAGUUCUCUUUCGUUGACGUGUUGCUGCAGCUCCUUGCUGUACGGGUGGUGAGCCGUGUACUGGCGAAUGGCUCCGCCUUCGUGGAUUGCCCCGAGUUGAAGGAGCUGUACGGCCAGGAUCACCGACCCGUACGUCCACAGUACCGUGGUGGCGCAGUGCGCGUUGCAGGUGGGCGACGAGAUCGCCUUCAACGUGCACGUCAGCAGCCGGGGCAUGCCGCAGGUCUCCGCGCCCUGCUGGCGGAGGGCGCGCCCGGGCGGCGACGAGCCGGGAGAGCCGCCGCCGAAGCGCGCCCGUGUGGGCUAUGCGCCGCCGUCGGGCGCGGCGCUGCCAGCGCUGGCGCACGGCCCGUGGGCGGCCAGCGCCAAGGGCUACGGCAAGGGCGCCUGGGUGGAGGCUCCGUGGCCGAAGGCCCCCGGCACCGGCGUGCCGAGCUCGUGGGCCAAGGACGGGGUCAUGGCGGACUUCGACAAGGAUACAUCAUGGGGACCGUGAAGACACCCAUCCCGUCGAAGGGCUUCAGCCUGGUCGAGGCCCCGGACAGCGGGCACGAGGCUGACGUCUACGUCCACAGCAGCGUGGCGCCGCCGGAGGCGCUGCAGCCGGGCGAGGUCGUCGCCUUCCGGCUCCACAUCAGCCCGAAGGGCCAGCCGCAGGCAUCUGCACCCCUCUGGAAGCUGAUCGGCACUCCUCUCGACGAGAGCCCCGCGCAGCUCGGAGAAUUCGUGGGACAGUUCAACAAGAUGCUGCCCGGUGGCUCUGGCUUCGUGAGCUGCCCCGCGCUCAAGGAGGAGUACGGAAGGGACACCUAUCUGGGGUGCCGUCGGAUGUCCACGUCUCCGUCAUCAUCGGGUUGGGCUUGGAGCUUGGGGACGUCGUCGCCUUCCCCGUCCAGCUCACCCCCGACGGCAAGCCCCAGGUGCAGGCUCCAUGUUGGAGGUGCUGCACCCCCGCGCCUGGUGGGAGCGGCACGACGGCGCCGGGGGACGGGGGCUUCCAGGACACCGCCUGGGCGGUCUUCGAGCAGUAUCUGGCCAGCAGGCGUGGGGCAACGAACCUGGCGGCGAGUCCAGCGCGGGCGGCUGCGAGAGGCUGGCAGGCGCUUCCGUGGCAGGCGGGAGGCGUUUCCCUGCCUGCGGAGGAGCUCAGGGCUCGACCCAAACGGUUGGAUGCCCGACAAUCACGUGGUGGGGGUGGUGAAGCACGCCGACGAGGUCCGGGGGCUGAGCUACGUGCACAGCCCUGGCUCCGGCUUCGAGAGGGAGACGUGUUCGUGCACAAGUCCGUGGCGGACCCCGGGUCUCUGA